AUGUCGCUUACCUCCGUGCGAAAUUUGCGCACCCAGUGGUUCCCACCCAAAGCCUCCUUCACGGAGAAAGAGCUACCCUCGCAGCAUGGUCGUGUUUUUAUCGUGACAGGUGGUAAUUCUGGUGUCGGGUUUGAAUUGUGCAGGAUACUGUACAGCUCUGGGGCCACAAUUUACAUGGCAUCAAGAUCAAAGGCAAGUUCCCAAAGCCUGCGCGCCGGGCACGCAAUUCAUUCAAUAGUGAAGGCUUCGCCUGCCCCGAAGGUGCCCGGCAAAAUCAAAUUCCUACGCCUCGACCUCAGCGACUUGGAAUCAGUCAAGGAAGCGGUGACUACCUUCGCACAGGAAGAAUCCAAACUCGAUGUUCUCUGGAAAAAUGCCGGAAGUGGGGCGCAUAGGGUGAAAUCCGGCGCCAAAACCGCCCAAGGACUCGAGGCGAUGGUGGGGAUGCACUGCGUUGCGACCUUGCUGUUCACCCAGCUCUUGCGACCCCAGCUACGAGCAGCUGCAGCUGCACCCGAGACACCUCGUGGAUCAGUUCGGGUUGUAUGGACAUCCAGCUUCUUGGCCGAGGGCAUGUCACCGCCAAAUGGAAUUGAUUUCAACGUACUAGACAAGGGGAUCAAAGAUGGGGCUCGCAAUUAUGCUGCAUCCAAGGUGGGAACGUGGAUGCUGGGACGAGAACUAGCCCGCCAAUCUCAGCUUGAGGAGGAUAAUAUUGUGAGCGUGGUUCAGAAUCCAGGAAAUCUCAAAUCAGGAGCCUACGCAGAGACUUCUGCGAUUGCUAUGUGUUUCAUCCGCCCCUUCCUUCACGAGACAAAACUUAGGGCCUACACUGAGCUGUAUGCCGGUUUGUCGUCCGAGAUCACCCCUGAGCAGAAUGGAGCCUAUGUCAUUCCCUGGGGAAGGAUUCGACCAGACGAGGAUUGCCCACGACGCGAUAUUAUUGCAGCGAUGACCCCGAGCGAGGAGGGGGGACUCGGGUAUCAAGCCCGAUUUUGGGACUGGUGCGAGUUGCAGUGGAAGCCUUUUGUGUAA